GUUGCCUAACUAAGAGUACAUCAUCUUUGAUGACAAGGGGUAACUUCGAGGAAUCAGCUCCCAAGUAUUCUUAUAUAAACCUUUUGCCUCAUCCCCUUUAGCCUAUGCUUUUAAGUUAUAAUCUAAUCUCAAACCCCCUCUCUCUGCGACUGUUGAAGCUCUUCAAAAGUCUCUCCCAGACCUUUUCUAUAGCUAAGGAGCACAAAGUAAGCAUGGAGACGCGGAAACAGCAAGGAACCCAAGCUCCAAUUCAAUUGAUCAGCAGCUUCUAUUUCCUGAAGCUAGUCGCCAAAAUUUUGGUCCCAUUGUCUGUCCUUUCUGUUAUAUUAUCCUACCCUUUGUUAUGCAACUUCCAUAUAUUGGCAUACGGUUUGCAACUCUUCAAUUUCAGCAUUGGUAAGAAUUAUAUGUUCCUACUUUGCAACGGGCUUCUUGUUUUUAUUGCCACCAGCUCUGGUUUGAUCCGUAGUUCUUCGGUAAAAACUGAUUCUAAAGCUGAAAAGACCAUCAAGAGGAAGGGAUGCAGUCAGAGAGAACAGCUUGAAUCAUCAGAGAAGAAAGGGUCGAUUGAAAAGGCAAAAGUUACUAUAGAAGUUGAUCUAGAAGCACGAGAAUCACAAAUGGAUUCCUUGGCCCUGGUACAAGGAACAGAAGAUGUCCCCGUGGUCGUACAAGAUGAAGGUGAAGAACAGAGUAGUGAGCUUAUUGUAGUUGAGGAAGAUGAAGAUGAAGGACUUGGGUUGAUGAGUAAAGAAGAGUUAAACAAGAAAUGUGAGGAAUUUAUUAGAAAGAUGAAAGAAGGAAUCCAAUUUGAAGCCCGGCAACUGAUCAUGGUUCAAUGAUUGAAUUUAACACACUCAAGAGUCUAGGCAUCAACCUGCUUGUAGUUAUAGAUUUCUGUAACUUGUUUUCUUUCUUUUGCUUGUCUCUUAAGUCCCUAACCCGAGGUUUUGUUUUGAAUAAUUUGCACACAUACCUGGUUACCUUGUUAGUAUUUUUUUUCCCAGAAAUUUGAUUUCUGAGUUACCUCUAAUAAUUUCUGUUAAUGUAAAUUAUAAGCUGUGAUGAAAUGAUUUUUAAUGCAAAUAAUCAUGUAUUGGGAUUUGAUGAUGGUAA